AUGACGUCCAUGCUGCUGCUGUGUACUGCCGUCUUCCUACUGCAUCUCAGCAAGACCCGCGCCGAAAUACCUGUGCCUGAGGCACCGGCAGGUUUCACGAUCGGAAGGGGAAGUGCCAGUGCGGAAGUCCAGCUCGAAGCGUUCAUUGACCCGCUCUGUCCCUUCAGCAAGGCCGCGUACAACGGAGUGAAGGCUUUGGCGGACCACUACGAGCCCAACGACGUUCGUGUCAAGAUGGUGGUGUUCCCGCUCCCCUUCCGUCAACACGGAUUCGCGGCGGCUCAAUCUGCUUUCGCUGUCACAUCGGCACUUGGUGACGGCUUCUUCGCGCCGUGGCUUGAGGCACUGUACGAGCACCAAGAACGCGGAGCUACACAGUUCCUUAAUUCAGAGGAAGACUAA